CUCUUUUUUUUUUUUUUUUUUUUUUUUUUUUUAAGGCUGAUCCUUGCCAAUGUAUAUACGAUCAAGUACCUCUUGAAGUUACUAAACAUACUAUCUGUCAUUUGUAUUGCCUGAGGUUUAUAUUAUUUGGGAAGAACGGAGCGCAGCUCGGCGCGGUAUCACAACAAACCCACCACUACCAGCUGGCGGCGCGGCUCUGACGGCUGGUUCGCCGGAAUUAGAAAAAAAAAAAAAAGGUGCUUGUCUUUCCAAUGUAGUGAUUGCAGGAGAUCUGUAAUGGCUCGAGGCUCCAGAAGAGGACCUCGCCGUGAGGAGACCUUGGGAGCAAGAAGCUGUGUUGUUCAAGCUCCUCCUAGAACAAGGAGCCAAGCUCUCAGGGAAAACCAAGAAAUAGAAAUACAACAUACAGUUACCUACAAAAAGGAAAAUGGAUAUGUUUCUGGUUAUGUAAAGGAUGUCAGCAAAACACCCUCACCAACUAGGGAUGGAUCACCAGACUCAGCAAUAUCUUCUAAUAGCUCAAAGUGGUCAGUGUCUAGUAACAUUUCCAUCAUGGGCAGACUUUCUGUAUGUGGUGAUUCAGAGUCUGUAACAGCCUUAAGCCCAGUUGUGGAAGAGGCUGCAAGAGGAUCAAAUGGAAGUGUAAACCCCAACACUGUAAAAUGGGUGAAUAACAUAGUAACAGAAAGAACUCGAGCUGCCACUCCACUCAUUAGAACAAGUGCUGCUGCCAAUGGAAGUUUGAUGAGGCACACAGGAAGUCUAGUUGCAGAGAGCUCAAAUGUGAUGGAAGGACACUUCUUGAAUAAAGCAAAGAUGGUAUAUGUAAAUUCUGGCUUUACAUCAGAGUUGGUGGUUCAUCUCUACAUCAUUGCAUCCUGUGCAUCAUCAGCAUCAACAAAAGCUGAACUUGAGAAAAUAGAAUCUGUGACUCCAGUCAGUCACUUGCUGCCCUUGCACCCUGUAGCUUUGCAAGUAGCAGCUUGGUUUGUGAUUGGCAGUCUGUAUGACCUGAUUUCACCAAGAACUGCACUGCUAUUACCAGAAGUUGUUGUUUUACUUCUUCAUCUGAUGCAUUAUAGCAGCUUUGGGAAAUUGUGCAGUCAUUUUCAUUCAUAUAUGUCUUCCAUUAAGAUGGGACUUCUAGGAUCUCACCUUCUUGCUGUUCAUCUUGGCUAUAGACACAACCUUGCUGGGAUGUUGUCAAGAGUGAGCUUUUGUUAUGGGCUUUGUACCACACUGUUUCCUGCAGUUGCCAGGAUGGUCAGCCAACAUCUAGGGAAUUCCAUUAACUAUCAACUUCUUACUCUCUUGAGUCUUCUGAGCAUCAUAUCUACACUUAGCAUCUUGGGGAGUAAUACCCCUACAAUCAGUGGUCUGCUUCCUAUUGUGUCUGGUCGUCUCAGUUGGGUUAACUUAAUUGGCUGUCUUACGAUGAAAUUUGCUGUGACUGUGCUGGCAUCAUCAUUACUUCCUUGGCUUGAUGCUUUACUGAGGGACAACAGUGAGAAAAUGGGUCUUCCAGAAGUUGUAACAAGUGGAUUACUUUGUACACCUGCUGUAAUUGUGCCUUUUUUGCUACUCUGCACAACAAUCCCCACAGCCAUAUCAGCAAUGGCUUUUCUGCUGACAUUAUUUUAUCUUUUCAUGAUUCUUGUAGGAGUCUCAGAAUCAUAUACAUUGGUGUUACUUAUUCCAAUGUGUGGCCUCAUGGGAGUCAUCCAGAACCUAGUGUUGGCUAGCCUUCUGACCACAUCCCUCCAUUACCCAGGAUUUCUGCUGGCCUCCAAUUUGGCCUUGCACACUGCCACCCGGUAUUACAUCCCAUCACUGAUAGCACAACUGCUGCCAUUGUGUGCUGACAGUACCAAGAAUGUCAUCUCCCUUACUUGUUGGCAAUGGUUAAACAAAACUAUAAAAGAUAAAUUUCAGCUACAGUAUUUGCCAGCAGUAUCAUCUUACUCAUUAGAGCUUGUGUCGUGUCAAAAUAUACAUCUUCAUAUUAUAGUUGUCAUUGGAUUCUUGUGUUCGCUUUUGCUAAUUUUACUGGCCAAAUAUGCACGAGUUUAAUUUUUGAGCAUAUUAUAUUUCAACCUUUUCUGUGAUAAAUAAGUUAAUGUACAAAAUGAUUCUCAUGAAUGGCAUUAGUAGUGUGUAAUUGUAUUUGGUUAACAAUUUGUACCUUGGCUUGUGAGGGGUUUUUUUUAAGGAAGACAGUUGCAGACUUUAAGGUAAAGAUUAUUAUUAUUAUUAUUAUUAUUAUUUUAUUUUAUUUAUUUAUUUAUUUAUUUAUUUUUCAUUUGGAACUGUUUAUUGUGCACAUGUUCCUAAAGGAAUGAGCUGUGUGAUAGGAUUCUACAGGGUAGGAAUCAGUACCAUAAUAGAGCAUAGCUAGAACUAGGACAUUUGGAAGUAUUUGGUCAGUAAGCCAAUAUAACGGAUUUAUGAUGUGGUUGUUAGCAACAAGUCAUGUUCAAUGAUGGCUGCUGGUGUUCAGACAUUUCAGUGUUCCAGAACCAAAGUUAUCAGUUUUUAAACAAGGUAUCACACGAGCUAUCCACAUUUGGGCCCAAUGAGUAGAUUUUUUUAAAAACUUUCUUCUUAUUUAGAUGAAUCGUAUAAAUGGUACGCCUGUUCAAAAGAAACUAAUCUAGCCAAUUUUGUCCUUUUCCUUGUUCAUAAAUGCAUAAUUUGCAUUGCUUAGUAAAAGUUCCUGUAAAUUACUUUAAAUACUGAAAGUGAAAUUAACUUCUUUCCUGGCAGCAGAGAGGUCUACUACAAGUCAGCAUUCUAUGAAUUAAUUCACAUAAAAAGGCAAUUUCUGCAAAAAACUGAAGUUUCCACCAUAGUGACUGAAUAGUGUCAAGCCAUACCAAACUUUGCAUGAUUUAUGCAGUAAUAAUUACUAGUGUAGGCUAUGACGUGAUGCUAAGAAAGGGUGCGGUUUCUGCAUCUGUGAAGGUUGGUAGGUUAAACAACCUUUGCAACAGCACAUCCCUGACUUCCUGAUGCAGUCUGAUCUGUUCUCUAGUUUUUCAAUAUCACUUGAUUUUCUUUAUACUUUUCUCUGUCUUCCAAGACCCAUAUAGUAUUUUUUGUUUUGUUUUAAUGUUACUGUUGUUAAAAAGCUCUCAGUAAUCAAUCUGAUUUUUAAUUUCUGUACAUGGUCUUUGUAAUUUGUCCAGUUGUUUCUUCAGGUCUUCAUCUCUUCCCUUCUCCUUGUUAUCAGUCCCAUUCCCUUUCUCUUGAACCAAGCUGCUGCAGGUAAACAAAACUUAAGUGUGGGUAUUGUGGGUGCUGUGCAAAUUAUGUGGCUGAUGGGGUAAGAGACUGAGAGUGAGAAAGCCUCACUCACCCCACCUGCUACACACAGCACCAAAGCACCCACUCUCAAGCUUUGUUUACCUGCAGCAGCUUGGCUCAAGAGAAAGGGAAUGGACUGAUAACAUGGAUAAGGGAAAAGAUGAAGACCAGAAAAAAGAAGGAUAUAUUACAGACUGUAUAGAAAAUAAAAAUCAUAACAUUAAGUUACUGGUGAACUCCUUUUAGACAACAGUAACAUUAAAACAACAUAAAUACAAUACAAGAUAAGAGAAAAGUACAAGGAAAAUGAAGUGGAACUUGGGAGCAGAGCAGAUCUCAGAAAGAAACAGUAAACAAUAUGGCAUCAUCAGGAAUGUUCUGUCACAGCUUCCAAUCUUCAAGCAGAACCAGAACCAACAGCCCUUCUUAGCAUCAUGUCCUCAGAGUAAAGGAGGAAGGGUAUGAAACUGAAAACACUGAGCCUACAGGAAAGAAAUACUGUAGCAGGCUCUAGAGUAACCAAUCAUAUUAUAUAUUCCAAAAUGCUCCAUAUUCUGUAAGAGAAUUCUUUAUUUUGCUAUGAUUUUAACCCCUAUGAGGUAUCAGUUUGCAAAAUAGGGGUAUCAUUGCAAAUAUCUUCUAAACAAACAGUUGAAUCAGUAUGACAUAUUGACAGAGCUUGUUUGACACUGUCUGUACACUGUACAGUUGACUUCCAAAUGUUUUUCAUGGAGAUUUUUCUUGGUUUUGAAGGGGAAGACAUUCAGAAAAGGAAGAUUUUAUGUGACAUAGUUUUGAUGUGUGGACUCUCUCUCUCUCUCUCUCUCUCUCUCUCUCUCUCUCUCUCUCUCUCUCUCUCUCUCUCUCUCUCUCUCUCUCUCUCUCUCUCUCUCUCUCUCUCUCUCUCUCUCUCUCUCUCUCUCUCUCUCUCUCUCUCUCUCUCUCUCUCUCUCUCUCAUUAUAACCAUCAUGUAAAACCUUCCCCUGUCCUAAUAUCUACUUGGUUCUUGCCAACUUCACCUUCAUGAAACACACAUGGCAAUGCACUGUAGUGCCUUAGGAAAUGGUAUCAAACAAGCUAUCAAAAUGUCAUGCUGAUCCAUCCAGCUGUUUCUUUAGGUCUUUCUGAAAUGUUAAAGAAUUUAAGUCUUAUAAAGAAACAUGAAUAUCAGUUCAUGAAGCAUCUUGCAAUACAGUAUGACAGUUUGCUUACUUCAGAGCAUGCUACAGUACUUCUUUCCUGAAGGUUCAGGGUUUUUGUUUCAUCUUCCUUCUUCUAGCCUUCCCUUGCACUUUGCUCUGAGGACAUGCUGGUUCUGAAAUGGAUAAUCAUUUCAAAAACUUUUAAAAUUUAGGUAAUGCUGUGACAGAUAAAUAAACUCUCCCUAUGGUGAGAAGAGCAGCAUCAUUCUUGUAUAUGCAGUUUUACAUCAGCAUUGCUAUUUUUUUUUUGUAGUACCAUGUUCUGCUGGUUUUUCUUUGUAGUAGAUAAAUUUUCUAUGUAAAACAUAGAUUAUAAUCUAAUGCAAGAAGACAGAAAAUUCUGUUUCCAUUAUUGUCUCCUCAGAGACAUUAGUAAAACACGCCUGAAGAUCAGGUCAGAUGACAUGUCUGUAGACAGCAACUUGUAUAUUUUCACAAUUGCAUUUCUUUACAAGCAAAUCUAUUACUUGACCAGCUUAGUCAUUGCAGUGACAAAGUGGAGACUGAAGGUACAACCCCUAUAUCAGCAGUUAUGCAUUUUUUACCCAAGCUCUCAUUCAGUAAUACUGUUGCAUUAGUACUAGCUCAUUCUUCAGUAUUACACAUUACUCCCUGUAUUAUAAACAAUAUUUUUUUGUUUUAUGAACUACUGCUCAAUAGAGAGCAACCCUUAGCUAUAGACCAUUGGCUGUCUUACAUUCUGUGCCCAAUCUGUCAGUCCAUAAUAUGCUUACAUUAAAUGGGCUGAUUUUUGCAAAGUACUUGGCCAUUACAAGCCUAGCCCUCAUCUUGCUUCAGUCUUUUAUUUUUGAUUUUUUUCUUCUUUCUUGUAGAUGAUAUAAUCCCCUAUAAUUGAGUGGAACAGAAUGAAAGAGGAAAAGGCUCUCUGAGAACUUCCAUGAAUGUCUUUUGAUGGUAAAAGACAAGGAGUGACUGACAAGUUAAGAGCAACUGUUGUAAGAAGGAAGCUGGAACUGCAAGCUUAACUGAUUAAAAAAAAAAUUAGUUAUAAAGGAACCUAUUUACUUAGAUAUUUUAAGACUAUCAUAGGCAAAUGAGAAUGAAUGUAUAAUAGAUAGACUGACAAAUGGGUCCAGGUUCAAAAUGUGUGUGUAUACUGUAUAAUUAUAUACUCAUAUCUGCCAGGAAGGGGUUAAACUGAAAAAUUAAAAAAAUUGUUUUCUAGUUAUGAAUGUUUUAAGAAAUGUAACAUUCACAGGUCAUUCAUUUACUUGCAUGUGGAUAGUAAGUGAGAUAAUUCAUAGUAGGAAAAGGAGAAAAGGAAAAAGAAAUAUGAGGAUGUAAUAAGCAACAUAUAAGGAGGUGGUAUUAGAAGAACAAGGAGUGGAGCAGCAGCAUUUUUCUGAUAAUUUGUAUUUUUCUUAUCUUUUGUGCACAAGACUGUAAAACAGGCCUUUAGUUUUGUGGCUUUCAAUAGAUGGAAAAGGUAGUCAUAAGCUAAGGUAUCCAGUACUAAGUUAAUAUGUGUUUUGAGUCCAGUAAACUGAAAAUAGAUCUGUCUCUAUGGUAUUAUUAGUAUGACUUUAUGCAGGAUUUGGGUAAUUUUAUGGUGAAUCUCAGUUGCUUCAGAAUUCCCUUAUUGUGUUCAUGAAAUACCAGACACCACAAUAGUAAAGUUCUGUGACACUGCAUUUAAGCUUCAGAGUCUAAAUUUGGUAUGGAGAAGGCUGGCAUCAUAGGUUAUAAAGUCAUGGGGUUCAGUCUUAUAUUACAUAUUUGCUUGCAGUUUCUGCUACUUAAGAGUGAUAUUAUUUUUCUUAUUUAUUUUCUUACUUUUGUACCUUAUAGAGAAGGCCAGUUUAUCACAAUAUGAUUUGUUUAUCACAUAUAUAUUACUUUUGUAUCUUAUAGAGAAGAAGGCCAGUUGUUUAUCACAAUAUGAUUUAUGUCUGCCUUUUUAUAUAUCAGAUACCUGUACUCCCCUUAAGGGAGAGUCUGCUGAAAAAAAAAAAAAAAAAAAGUAAAAAUACUAUUUUGAGUUAGACCUAUGGUCUGUGAGACACUCGAUCCUCUGGCUAUUGAACGGUGGAGUUUUUUUCAGUCGUACAUAAAUUUAGUGCCUGCAGCAAGUUUUUUUCGUUAAUUAUUUUUACUUAUAAAUGUAAAAGGACCACUGGCCAAGGGCAACAAAAAUUUUAGGAAAAAAACCCUACUUGGGUCUCCACUGAAUGGCCAUGGUUUGCUGACUAUGGCAUAUGUAUGAUACUGUCCAGUUUUUCAACGAACAAUAAAAAAAUAAUCAUGUAAA